AUGUCGUCCAUCACCGAGAUCACGAGCGUGCCCGACUGGGAGAAGCACCUCGCCUCCCUCGCACCGACCACCCUCCUCAUCAUUUCCUUCCACGCGCCCUGGGCCGCGCCCUGCGCCCAGAUGGCCACCGUUCUGUCGACCCUCGCUGCAGACUACCCUGUCACGAGCCCACCACAGACCUCCUGGGUCUCCAUAAAUGCAGAGGAGCUCAGCGACCUUAGCGAAACUUACGACGUCACCGCCGUGCCCUUCCUCGUCCUCAUCCGCAACGGUCAGGUCGUUGAGACGGUCAGCGGCAGCAGCGCCGUUAAGGUGCGCACGGCCAUCGAGACACACGCGAAGAACACGGGUGCCGCCGCCGGCGCCCCGGCCACAGUCAACGGCAAUGAGGGCGUCGCCGCCGAUGGUGACGCCGCCGCCAAGCCCGACGAGCCCGUCGACCCGGAGAAGGCCAAGGAGGAGCUGUUCAAGCGACUGGCGGACCUCGUCAAGGCGGCGCCCGUCAUGCUCUUCAUGAAGGGUACCCCCAAUUCGCCGCAGUGUGGCUUCUCGAGGCAGCUUGUGGCCAUUUUGCGGCCCCAAUCGGCCAAUCGAAUCAUCUACAGACAGACCUGGACUGGAGGCUCCGUCACCGCGCAUGCAUGGAGAUGGACGUCUCGACCGUGA